CUCGAUCUCUCACUCAUCAACACUACCCCUCCCCCUCUCCCUAUGGAAAAGCCCAUGCAUUUCCUUCUCUCAUUUCUCUUCAUUGUCUUACCAUCAGCACAAGGAGAUUACAGCAUUCUCGACUUUGGUGCCAAACCCGAUGGUGUGACCGAUUCCACCAAAUCCUUCCUUAGUGCAUGGGCCACGGCUUGCGCCUCAGCUGAGUCCACGACCAUCCACGUGCCCCCUGGUUCGUAUUUGCUGGGGCAGACUGUCUUUGCAGGCCCAUGUAAGAACAAUGGGAUCACCAUUCGGAUUGAUGGGACCCUCGUUGCACCUGCGAAUUAUGUGUCCCUGGGCUCAUCAGGACAUUGGCUGUUUUUCAAUGAUGUUCAGGGCGUUUCUGUCUAUGGUGGGACCCUUGAUGGGCGUGGGUCCGGUCUGUGGGCUUGCAAGGCAUCCAGUGGGAAUUGCCCAGCUGGUGCAGAGUCGCUGACCUUCAACAACGCAAAGGACAUCUUAAUCAGCGGCCUAACUUCGAUGAACAGCAAACUCUACCACAUCGUGAUUGACGGUUGCGCGAAUGUGAUUGUCCAAGGGGUGAAGAUCGUAGCCCCUGGCAACAGCCCCAACACAGAUGGCAUACACGUGCAACAAUCAACGGGUGUCACCAUCACUGGGACGAGCAUAAAGACGGGAGAUGACUGCAUCUCAGUUGGCCCCGGCACCAUGAACUUGUGGGUUGAGAACAUUGCCUGCGGCCCUGGACAUGGCAUCAGCAUUGGAAGCCUCGGGAAGGAGCUGAAUGAGGCAGGGGUGCAGAACGUGACCGUUAAAACGGUUGUAUUUACAGGGACUGAAAACGGGUUGAGGAUAAAAUCAUGGGGAAGGCCCAGCAACGGUUUUGUGAAGGGAGUUACUUUCGAGCACGCUGUUAUGCAAAAUGUCCAAAAUCCUAUCAUCAUCGACCAAAAUUACUGCCCUCACCAGGAAGAUUGCCCUGAUCAGAAUUCUGGCGUAAAAAUCAGCGAAGUGACCUACAACGACAUACACGGAUCAUCGGCAACCCAGGUCGCUGUGAAAUUCGACUGUAGCACCACCCAUCCAUGCAGUGGAAUCAGCCUACAAGACGUAAAGCUUACAUACAAAAAUCAACCCUCACAAUCAUCUUGUAUGAAUGCGGACGGAAAUGCUAGCGGUUUUGUUGUGCCACCAAGUUGUUUGUAGAUGAAAAAAAUAUAUUUUAUUAUUAAUAUAAGUUCAUUUUCCUAAUAA